AUGUCAGAGCUACAGAUGUAUGCUUCACAGUACUUCCCUCAAAUCUCUGAGCUUCUCAGGGGUUGCCCCGUGUCGGUUAACAAUGAGCUGGUGAGAGGUUCGUCGCUUGAGUCAUUCUUGAUUGUUAGGAAAGUGUUUUGUGAAACGGUGAUGGAGGCGAAGUGGUCACAGAAGAAGUCUUUGGUAGAAAACCUUGAUUUAAGCCCGUGGCCAUCAUCUUCUUCUCUUUUCAAUCUGUCGGGGACGCUCAACAGUCGAAUCUGUCUCUCCUUCACACUCGCGUCUCCUCUGUCACCAUCUCCACCGCUCAAAACCUCCGGCAAACCGUUAAUCACUCCGUCACCGAUGGAAGACAUUGAUGCUGUCCAAAAACCAGUUGUUGUUGACCCUCCAUUAUACAACGAAGCUCCUCCCUCGGCUGCUCAGCGUCGGCCGGUGGUUGUCACCGCCGACGCAGCUCCACCGGCGGAGUUUCAUCUCAUUCAGCGGAUUCAAAGAGCUCUUGUGGAGUUGCGCGAGUUGAGGAACCAGUUUAAUGCUAUUCUUAGGGAAAUAGAGCUUGAAGUGGGAGGAGGAGGAGGAGAAGAAGAGCAAGCGGAAUCAUCAGUGGAGGAUCCAGAGGACGACUCUGAUUCUUAGUUUAUUUAGUAGAUGUUUAUGUUUCAAUCUCUGUCCUGAUGAUUCUUUUGUUCUAGACUCUAAUGUGUGUGUGUGUUUGUUAGCUUUGUCUUUUUUAUUUAGUCAAAUCAUUAAAACUACUAGCCUUGUUCCUCUUGUUUUUUUAACCGAGAAUCUUGGUCCAAAUUCAACCGAACAAAACAAAGUCAAAGAAGAGCUGCGUUUGUGCGGUGUUGAAUGACUUGAUGUAA